AUCAUCAUCAACAAAUCCACCUGAAAGCCUCAAUUCCGAGAUUUGGACUAAUUCCGCGCGUCGCCUGGUACAUUUGAAGGCCUUCAACAUCAUUGCUCUCGAUGGUGUCCUUGAUAUAGGUGGCCGUUGCAGACGCCAGUCAGUCGUCGACAUGGAUUUCACCGGCGAUCCAGAGUCCACUCAGUCUCCGUUCGGACCGCUCAAGGUGGCUCUCGAAUCUCGAACCCUGGAAUCUGCCAAAAAGCUGAAAAACAUUGAACAAGAUGGUUCAUUCACCUUUGCUGAAGAGAGAACUGAGGCUGAUGAUCUCAAUGAGACGCUGGCUCGGAUAUGGACCGAGUACCCAGAGGGAUUGCUCGACCUCACUGAAGCGAAUCUUGAGAAGAAGCCGCUUGAUGAGCCGGCUGUAGAUGAGGAGCCAGAAGAUGGGAUGGACGUAGACUCGAAGGACCCAGCAGGGUUGAUGAAAUGGGAGGACAUGGUCAAGCUUAGAGAAUCUGUGGGCAUGCAGCUCAACAAUGCAAGGAAUGAGCUAUGGUUUAUCCUGGAGCUUGCAAAAACCUUAGCUGCCUCUUCAAGUUUCCCCUCGAAUCCGCCAGCGCCACCAGUAGAGUCGACUGUGACGCUGUCAAGUAGUAAAAAGGCGACAAAGGUGAAGCAGGCAGCGAAGACGGAGGAGUCCACCACGCCCUCCGUUCCGGGGAAUGGCGAUGCUCCCAUAUUCCCUCCAGGAACAAUGUCCAUGACUCCAUUCCGACCAUCUCUUCCAACCCAUCUCGAGAUCAUCCGAGAUAUGGAGCUGGCUCUGGCUGCCAAGCAAUCCACCUUGGAGCAAUGCGAAAAGUUGAUUGACAGCGCAGUUGACGAGUUCAACAAGCAAGCUAGUGCCAGUCAAACUUUCUGGCGAGAUAUCCGUCAGCUGAAAGAUGGUACGGACGGAAGAGGUCAAUGGGCGAUCGUCCCGAAACCCGACUUCUCAAAGAUCCUGGGUAUCACCGAGUCAGCAAGGGAUGUGGUGAUUCCAUAUGCCAUUGACGAGGCGCCUGCGAGUGCUCGUGCUCGAUGUCUCGCAGCCUUUGAUCUGGAUCCAUCGGUCGCCGAACCCAUGACGUUCGGAGCUAGAGGUGGACGUGUGCUCCAAAUCAAAGUGACCGACUCCACGGGCGCGAUGUGGACUUCGUCCGCCGGGUCAUCCACCAAAAGCUCUGAAAGUCUUGCCGAGAUUCAGCAGGCACAGAUUGAAGCCUUCGACGAAGACCUGUAUAAUGAGAUCCGAGACGAUAUCAGUCGGCGACCUGGAGCUAGUCUUGAUUCCUCGAGCUGUACAUUGUCAUAUUCGGAUCUCAGAAUCGCGUUUGAAAUGGUUCCAGCCAAAAAGACCAAUAAUGUCCCCGAGGGUCAUCCCAUCGCAAAUCUGCUACUUCAGUCAUGUCGUAUCUCGCUGCUCAAUAUCUUACGAUUGCGGAAACGCCGGCUUACCUCUCAGGCUGGUUCUAGGCCAUCUUCGGUCCUCACUUCCGUAUUGCAGGUCGUACGAUUCAUGGACACUGAGCAAAAGGCUCGGAAUGUCCUAACUCGCACGUGCAGGAUGUUAAAUCGUUCUGGCACUGAGGCCAAGGUGGUCGAGAGAAACGAUUUGGCGCAUCUGAAUGGUGGCCAGAGGGUGAAUCAGUUGUUGCAGGGCGACUCGGAUUACUCUUGCAUUGGGAAUGUCUUGACGUUGGAUAUUUCCGGCUGUCUCGGCAUGUCCGUCACUUUGUCAGCGACCGCGCCUUUACAGGUCACUACUUCGCAAGCUACAUUCCCCCUCGUCGAUGUCAACGAUCUGGCCGACGUGAUAGCUGAAGAUCUCGUUCAUCAGCUUCUCAUUCUCAUAGAAUCAGCUUUGAGACGUAAAGUAGUCGCGGAGCAUCGGUCAUCAGUCUUCCUUGACGUCCUGGAAGGUGCUGUUGUUCUGCCCGCGAACCGGGCCAUUCACGUUUCCGUGUCUCCCACAUUCGACGCACUGCGCGUCACAUUAUCAGAGGAUUCAGCUGUCGUUGAAUCGGCAUCGGACUUUGACAGCGACACUGGAAAGACGCUGUUCUCAUGGUUGGACACGGUGGCCGCCAAAGUGUGACCUCCCGAGGUUUCCCAUGCAUCCGCUGGUCACGACUGACCUAACUAACUAACAGAUGGGGAUCUUUUGAUUUGCCGUAAAAGUGACGCGAGAGGCGGAAAACAAAAGUGUUGAUGAUGAUUUCUUGUUUUUUUUUUCCUGAAAUUAAUCAAGAGCAGCUGUGCAAUUGGAGAGCGGCGGCGGCGGCUAGCACUGACUUGCUGUUGCUGCUGCUGCUGCUGCUGCUGCUGCUGCUG